CAGCCUAACCCACAAUGUUGAUCUUCUCUCAGGGGCAGGCAGGAGCGGCAUUUUGGACAAAGCCUGGGAGCUCCUUGUAAUGGUUGAAGUGCCUGAACUGCAGCAGGAGAGGCUCUUAAUAUCAUGUGCAAGCAGUAGUGAUUUCAAGCAUGUGUUUAUUUUGCAUCUGUCUUUCAAGCUAUGUCAUGUGGUAUCCAUUACUUAGCAUCUGUGUUCAUGGCUGUCACUCCUAACUUUGUAUGUGGGUUCCCUGGAAAUAUGAGUAGUGUUCUUUUCCACAACUCCUCUGCAUCAAGUAUAGAGGACAUCUGGACACUAUGGACAUCAGCAGAAAAUUACAUUGUAGUCCAACUGGAAAAUGGAGAAAUUUGGGAACUUGAUCAAUGCAGCAGGUCCAAACGAGAAGUCAGUUUGGAACUGGCAUAUGAAUACAAAGGCAACAAGUCUGUAUUUCCUUGUUCUGAUGGAUUUCUCUAUGAUGAUACAAAGUGGAAGAGCACUGUUGUUACGCAGUGGGACCUGGUCUGUGACCGAGAAUGGCUUGCAAAAUUAAUCCAGCCUACGUUCAUGCUUGGAGUCUUGAUUGGAGCAGUGAUUUUUGGUGACAUUGCUGACAGACUGGGAAGACAGCGUAUUAUAUGGUUCACAAGUGCUGGUCAGUUUGUAUUUGGCGUCGCAGUGGCCUUCACAUUUGACUACUACAGUUUUGUGAUUGUGCGCUUUCUCCUGGCUAUGGUUUCAAGUGGCUAUCUGGUUGUGGCUUUUGUUUAUGUGACUGAAUUUGUUGGCAUUAAAGCACGAACCUGGGCUUCUAUGCAUGUCCAUGCUUUUUUUGCUAUGGGAGUUAUGGUUGUGGCACUCGUGGGAUUUUUGGUUCGGACCUGGUGGGUCUAUCAGAUAUUUCUCUCCAUAGCAACUCUUCCCUUUGUCUUGUGCUGCUGGAUGCUCCCAGAAACACCUUUUUGGCUCCUGUCAGAGGAAAGAUAUGAAGAUGCACAGAAAGUGAUUGAUACAAUGGCAAGAUGGAAUAAAGUCAGCACUCCCUGCAAAGUUUCUGAACUGUGCUCAGUCCAACAAGAUAAUCUAGCCAGUGGCAGAACAGGUGAUGAUGAUAUGUCCUCAACAAAGAAGCACAACAUCUUAGACCUAUUUUGUAACUGGCAAAUUGCAAGAAGGACCAUCACAGUCUGGCUGAUCUGGUUCACUGGGAGCUUGGGGUACUACGUCUUCUCCCUCAGUUCUGUCAGUCUAGGAGGCAAUGAAUAUUUAAAUCUCUUUCUCAUAGGUGCUGUGGAGUUGCCUUGCUAUAUCAUUGCUUGCAUUGCGAUGGACAAACUGGGAAGGAGAAACACACUCAUUCCGUUCCUUAUUUUAAGUGCACUGAUCUGUGUUUUAAUUAUGUUCAUACCUCAGGAUUUCAGUAUAUUAAUUAUCUUAGCAAAUAUGGCUGGAAAAUUUUCCAUAGGUGUGGCAUUUGGCCUUAUAUAUCUCUACACAGCAGAACUGUACCCAACAAUUGUAAGAUCACUUGCUGUUGGAAGUGGAAGCAUGAUGUGCCGUGUAGGAAGUGUGGUUGCUCCUUUCUGUGUAUAUCUGAGAAGUGUUUGGAUUUUCAUGCCACUUUUGCUUGUUGGAGUCAUGGCUCUUCUGAGUGGAAUAUUAACCAUAAUGCUUCCAGAAACACUGGGAAAACCAUUGACUAACACUUUGGUGGAAGCUACAGAAAUGGGAAGAAACAAGAAAAGCUGUUCAGAAAAGACUCCUUCAGCACAUAGUGGUGCAGCAUUAGAAAAGAUUGAGAUGUUUGGUCAAGAAAAAAUCAGCACUGACAAAUAAAGCAGCAGCAAAAUGGCUGUUACCAAUUUUAAUCACUAUCUAAUUUAUAAGAUCUCUGUAUUCAAGAAAUGUGACUGUUCUAUAACAUCUGUGCCUUUCAGAUUGUAUUCUGUCCCCCACUUUUCAAUAGAGCAAUUGUAUGAAACCUUUUCAAAGUGACCAAGUUACUGCAGAAAAUUUGAUAGGAUUCCUAGAUCCUUUGUCAAACUUACCCAGACUUUAAAACACCUGUCUGACUUGCUGUAACCAGUUGGAAUGAUUACUCUAAAUGUUGGAACCUACCUGACUACAUGUAUGUAAAAAAAAAAAAGCCAAUACUUUGUUUCACAUUUUCUGCAGUUAGAUUUGUGAACCUACAACAAAGUGCCCUGCUUGGUCUCAUCCUGUUGCAGCUGCCAGUUACUGGCUUGAGACUUCAGAACACAGUAAACUCUGUUACAAUUCAAGAGAGAAGCCUUAACAUUGCAUCAGGUCAUAUCAAUAAUUUUAAACUAAUUUAUUCUUUUUUUUUUUUUUUUCAAGUUUUCUACUAGAAAUGGUGCCAUUGCUAACAAAGGAAAGUAUUCUGUGGCACAGCUUCUGACUGAAAAAAUAAUACUAAGUUUGCAAAAUAUGCAAAUAGUUUGUAUAUUCAUUCUGUUGAAUGGCAAAUGUAUUUUUAUUAGGGGUUUAGAAAAAGAAGUGUUCACUGGAUCUACUGCUGUUUUAGUUUAGGUAAAACUAAACUGCCUGAUCCCAUUUAAAGUCAUAUUCAUUCCACACCAUUUUUUUCAGUGCUCCCUUUCUCACUUAGCUCAGAUCUAGCAUCAGAUUUUUCAUAACUUCUAAGAACCAGACCAGCAACUUUGCCAAAUGCCUCUAUCAAGGUCUUCAUAGUCCUCAGUGGAAAAGAAUAAAUGGCAUAUAGCUCUUAUUCAGACUCUCUACACAGAAGUGGAUUUAGUUAUUAAUUUUUGAUAGAAACGGUUCCUAUUCACCAUUUUCUCAUAGAUAUAUAUCUAUAACUCAUUUUUUCCUUAUUAUAUCACACAAAACCAGUUAGAAAAAUGUAAUUUAAAAGAUGGUAGCUGGAGGACACUGAUCUAUAGAAGAGUUAUUUGUAAUAGUUUUAGUCAAAGUGUCAAAACAUCCCACUGCUGCUACACCUCAUGUGUGCAUCAACACUACUGUUGGUGCAGUGGUUCUGCUUUAUGACUCUGGACCAUAGAAAACUGAUGGAUAAGAAUGCGUCAUUCUGGCUGCUUCUUUCAUGGCUUUCUCACACCUCCCUUUUAUUUGUCAGUCUAUCUCUAGACCUGUGGGUUUCUUCCUUGUCUGAGGAUCUGCAUCUCCUUUGCUUGACCACCCUUGGUUUCAGGGGAGCAGCACAGGAACUUCUGCACGUUGAGUUUCAGACAGCCCUCUCUUUCCUGAGUUGUGUGAAUUCAGUCCUCCCUGGUUUGAAAUCAGUGUUUAGGCCCUCAUUCUCAUGGCAUGGUCUCAUCAAAAUAAGUCUUCCUUGAUCUUUGCCAUGUACCCACCCAGAAAGAUAUUUAUAUUACUGUAGAUAUUCUAUAUGCUGUAGAAAUUAAUGGUCAUAUUUUUCAAUUAUAUCUGCACAGUUUUAUUAGUUUCAAUGACUUCUGAAACCAGAAUAAUGGUUUAUAUCCCGUUAUAAAAGAUUUUAUUUCUUCACUCCACUGUCCUAGAAUUUGGUCCUGGUAUUAGGAGAAAAUAAUAUCCUAUAUGAGGAUUAACAUGCUUUGAAGCAAGCAAAAAUCAGUAAAUUUAAGUUUAGGUAGUUUCUCUGAGAUAAUUACAUAGAAAGCAGAAAGGAGUCUUUAUGUUCCUUACAAUCCUGCGGGUGUUCUAGUGUUUGCAGAGAAAACCUCCAGAAAGACCUGCAUAGAAUACUGUGGCUUCUGUUGAGAUGUAUGAGUUCAGCAAAAGCACUUAACCUUCCCCCUGUGAGUAAUCCCAUCAUUAUUCUGAGAAUGACUUGAACACAUACUUUGAUGACUGAAGAUCGGAUUACUCACAUGCUGUGGUUUUUUAUUUUGCAGAAGAGCAGACCCAGUACUCUUCCACUGCUUUCAGGUUUCCCCCUCCACUUCCCAGAGCAGAGCAGCCCUCUCUAUCUCCAAGAUCUACUGCCAAACUCUGCAAGCCCUGCCUUAAAUAAGGGUUUAAUCAUGCUAAAAAAACCACCAUCAUGCAAUAGACCUAACAAGGAAUUAAACUGGUACUGUCUUGCCUUACAACCACACUCCCCACACACAGAGUUCCAAAUUCUUUCCUUAUUUUGGGGAAUACACUGAUACACCCUUUUUUGAUAGUACAUCUAUCUUAAAACUCACUACUCAUAACUUUUAGGAACAGUAUAGUCUAUUUCUAACAAUGUACUAAAGAACAUUUACAAUUAAUUUUUCUACUUCCUUACCUCCUGAGUAACUGAUUUGGGUCUUACCCUGCCAAGAGCAGCCAAUGCAUAUUCUGUGUUCCUUUGGCUUGAGGGAUUCAGGACUUGGUCAUCUGUAAUCAGUAAGGUAAAGAGGUAAGGUAAAGAAAAGAACAAGAAAACAGUUGAAUACACAAUGAUACUGGUAUUGUUUACAACUAAAAUUUAAUUAUGUUUCUAGACCACAAUGUAGCUUGAUGGCUUAAUCCCAAAAGCCAUUUCCUCCUGUCACUAAAGUCAGUUGGUAUUUGGUCUUUGAUUCAAAUGACCCCUGAAUUUCCCUGACCUAAUGAUGUUACUUUUUUUCCUUGGAAAUAAAAUGUUUGUUGAUUUACAGGUACACCUUUUGUGAUUUUAUGCAUCAAUAGCUUAGAGAUUGCCUUGGGGUAUCCUAUUCUUUAACUUGAGGAAGGAUAUUACUUUAAAAAAAAAGGAAAUAGCAUGUUUCUAGCAUUUCUAUUUGCUUGUUUUUUUCAUAUGGGCAAAAAUAUGUUUAACACUAGUCAUGUAUUAUGAAUGCAGCAAAAUCAGGGUGAGUUGAUUUCUUUCUCUUAAAUAUCCAUAGAUUUUUUUAAAUCCUCUUGCAAGAGAGCACUGAGUUUGAGAAAAAAUGCUUCUGUUUCUAUGGGGUAUAUUUUCAUUUCAAUGCUCAUAAAAAGAAUUAAUUUUCAUAGUUUCUUACUUCAGUUUAUAAGUCCUUUUAUGUUUGUAUUUGUCAUCCUUAGUGCAAAUUUUUUGUGCUCAUCAACGUCUCUGGAGUUACACAACAGUUUUAUGAGAUAAUGAAUUAGAAUCCUUAUCUGCCUUAAUUGCUGGUCACUAUUACAUGAUGGCAAAUGUUUUUGUCUGGAACUGGAUAUCCAGUCUCAUUAGAUAGUCUUGCAAUUUGUUAAGGACAUACCUUUUUGGAUUAAAUAUAAGAGUAACUAUUAUUAGUUUAAUGAUAAUUAAGGAAAAAUAGUAAGUACAUGUGCUUGAUAUUUCAAAAUUGUAUUUUUAAACUAUAGAAAAAUAUGUAUUUUCUACUUUUAACAACUUCAUUCAAUUUCUCUGUGCAAAAUUCUGUAAUUUAAACAACCAUACAGAAAAAAAAAAGCUAUGCAAAUCAUGUGCAGUUAUCAUAUGCUUUGGGUGGAACCCUGAAUGUCUGAAAAAGGGAUGAAGCCUCCUUGAAAGCUGAGGGCUAUUGUGUAGUGGCUCUGUGGAAGGACAAAAUGGCCUAACAUCCCAGCUCUGGGAUGCAGUGAAGGACUUACUGGCAUUCUCUCCUGUGUCCUUCAUAGUUUUUUUUUAUCAACCCAGUCACUCAAGAAGUCUCUGUGGCAUCAGGCUCAGCAGUGUGCAAGGCCUGUGAGUGCCUUUUGGAAAGGCUUAGGAAAAGGUGAGCUCACUUGUGCCAUGGACUCUGGUCCAGAAAGGCAUUUGUGACAGCAAAAAGGAGGCUCUGGAUUCAUCCUGUGCCCUUUAUAAACAUCUGAAACAUGUUUGUCUGAAUCCUAGAACAGAUUCCUAGGGGAGAAAUUAAACACAAGGACCAAAAAGAAAAUGGGGAGUUGACAAAACCAGUUUAUUCUAGCAGGGAAAAUUCUAGUCAAUGCUGACAAUUAGUUACCUCUCACAGGAAGAAAGACUAAAGCACAUCUAUGUUCUGGUAGCAUAAUAAUUUUGUACAAUAUUCUGUACUACAUGAGGUAUGUCUUUUGGUUAUAUGGGAGAAGUAUGUACUUGUAGGAAAGAGUUUGUUUGCCCAGAACUUGAGGAUUUAAUAUAAUAUAUUUUAAUAGGUUUUUUUAAAAUAUGUAUUUAUUAUCUGCAAUUAUGUGCAAGAAUAAAAUCAGACAUGCAUUUUUUAAUCUUUACACUUUUACCUAAUUUAAUGAACUUCUAUCAACUGUUCAUUUGGUUCACACUCCCUUAAAGAGGCCUGGCUGGUGUUUUGGCAUUCCAUAGAGAUCCUACGGUUUAGGAUGGCAAAUGUCAUGUUUGUGUUUUUUCCCUGUUUGUCUUUGAAGGUGUAAACCAAGACUUGGGUAAUGUGUUAGGAGGUGACUAUCACAAAAUGUGCAUUAAAAAUAUGACAUGUUUUGCAUUUCAGUUGCAGGAAAAA